AUGGAUUACACACACUCUGGCCAGCGUGCCGGCUGCCCACAUCUUUUCAAGGCUGUAGCUCGAGCCCAACCUCGACCCCUGAUGCAUUGUUUUGGUCAUAUCCACGAAGGAUGGGGUGCCAAGAUUGUUCGAUGGCGUCAGAAAGUUAGCCUGGAGCCUUCUCACUUGACUGAUAUCGACAACGAAAAGUCAGUCCUCGUAUCCCGACUCUCUACCAUCAAGGGUAAAGGGAACCCCACAGAGUGCUCUACUACAAGUAAUUGCUCUGAGGAUCACAAUACACUGCAACGGGGCUCUGAAACACUUUUUAUCAACGCCGCGAUUGAGGGCUACGAAGAUCCUUCGAUACAGCCACCGUGGCUUGUCGAGCUCGAGCUUCCAGCAGCGGCGUGA